UCAACAUGGCAGACACGAGAGUCUGGCAGUUAGAGAUGCUGUCCAAUCUUCUCGGUGUUACAGGCAACUUUGGAGUCAAGGAAGACUCUUCUAAAGAAGGGACCCCUGUAUGGUCAAAAUGGGAUGGUUCUGGAGUUGUGAAAGGUUCUGCCUGCAUAGCGACUUGCUUGGGGCGGACUUCCAGCAGGGACAAAUCUGUGUUCAGUCAUGAUCCCCAGGAAGCUGCCUUAAUUGACCAGUGGUUAGAAUAUAAAGUGAGUUACCUGGACAGGUGUACCAGCGAGAAGGAUUUACACAAUGCUCUUCAGGAGCUGAACGGAUACCUGUCAGACCGGGUGUACUUGGUGACCUCUCACAUGACCUUAGCGGAUUUGGUGCUGUAUUAUGGACUGUACGAUACUAUGAAAGGCUUGACUUUUUAUGAGAAGGAAAGGUUUAUACAUCUAUCAAGGUGGUUUAACAAUAUUAAGAAUAUUUCUACUUGUCCUUCGGGCUCGUGAAAGUAUUGCUUGCCAGAGGUCAGAGGAUUACCCCGAUGACUCGAGUUUUCUCCACCUAUGAAGCUGGCUGCCUUCGUAGAAGUGAAAAUUGUUGAGUCUGUAUGGUGUUAAGUAAUAAUGAGAGAAAUCGAUUUAUUUAUUUGAUUGAUGAUUUACGUCAUACUCAAGAAUAUUUCACUUAUAUUAUGCGGUCCAGCAUUAUGGUGGGAGAAAACCGAGCAGAGCCCGAGGAAAACCCAUGACCAUCCGCAGAAGAGACGCAGGACCGCUCUGUAUUUUAUAAUAGAAUCAAAUUAACAUGAGUAUGAUGACGGUGUAUACAUGUUAAGGCUUGAAAGUGAGAAUGAACUU